AUGGAAAGCUUUCGACCACUAAAAGUGGCAACUGCAUUCAUUAACCGUAGUGCUUUAAGAUACAACUUGAAAAGGAUUCAGGAAUUUGCACCAAAUUGUCGUCUUGUCGCAGUCAUAAAGGCGAAUGGUUACGGUCACGGUAUAGUAAAUGUUGCCUAUGAACUAAAUGAUGCAACUGCCUUUGCAGUGGCACGGUUAAGUGAAGCACAGGUCUUGAGAAAAGCUGGUAUUGCGAAACAAAUAAUACUCUUAGAAGGCUUUUUUGGUGCAUCUGAAUUAUUGAUAGUGGAAGCUAAUGACUUCGAAGUGACAGUUCAUAAUGAAGAACAGUUACGGGCAUUAGAAGAGAUACCUUUAUCGAGAAGUGUUAAGGUGUGGAUGAAGCUGGAUACGGGCAUGCAUCGUUUGGGAGUUCGUAUAGAAGACGCGAAUGAAUUUUAUCUGCGGUUGUCUCAGUGCAAGAAUGUGUCACAACCCGUUAACAUAUCGAGUCAUUUUAGUUCAGCAGAUGAAGAUAAUGGAGUAACUACUGAAACACAAAUUGCCCGUUUCUUGGAUUUUGCAGCCAGCAAACCAGGGGAGAAGUCGAUAGCUGCGUCAUGUGGAAUUUUAUUUUGGCCGCAAGCUUAUCUCGAUUGCGUUAGACCGGGCCUCCUACUGUACGGCGUCUCUCCAAAAUGUGGUACACGAGUUGAAAAUUAUGGUUUCCAACCAGUGAUGACUCUGAAGUCGUGUCUUAUUGCCGUGCGUAAACACAAAGCAAAUGAACCAGUAGGCUACAGUGGUACAUGGACCAGUAAAAGGGACACUUAUUUGGGGGUGAUUGCUUUUGGAUAUGGCGACGGGUACCCACGAUGUGCUCCAUCAGGGACACCGGUAGUAAUCAACGGAAGACGUGUACCGAUUGUGGGGCGUGUUUCUAUGGAUAUGAUAACGAUAGAUCUGGGCCCUCAUUGCUGUGAUAAAGUAGGCGAUGACGUCAUAUUAUGGGGGGAUGGACUACCUCUCGAAGAUAUCGCAGAUGUGACUGGAUCUAGUGCUUAUGAACUCCUUACUAAACUGACAUCACGUAUUACAUAUGAAUAUAUAGACGUAUAG